ACGCCCAGUAGUACGAUGUCAGAAGGGCCGCUGGGCCCGCGCAGGGCGAUACGGUCGCUGUAUCGCCGUACGGAGUAGGUCUCUUGUGCUCGUCGUAGCCGUCGGGCGUACGACUUCCUCAUCACGGACCUUAUCGUCCGUAGGCAAUGUAGUUAGAGUUUGGCUCAAUCAGGCACGGGCUGUUCUGAUAUCAACGUGCCUACUCACGUCCUGUCUAUUCCCCCAGACUGCCUUGGCAUACUCUCAGUCUUCUCCCUUCUUUCACUUCGCAUGCCUCAUGAGUAACUCCAGACCGCGAGUUCAUGCCUCGUCUCUCUCUACCUGGCAACUAGUUGAACCGUCUUCGUUGCAGCCCACUCUUGGCCAAGCAAUGGCUGAAGACCAGUCGCCCGGCGCAAUCAUAGCAAGUGCAUCGACUGCUGCGCUUAACUCGCUGCAAGAGCUCCUGGAUGCUGCCAAUACACUUCCUUGCAUCAAGUAUGUCGCAAGCGUAGCAGUCAAGAUCUUACAAACUAUUGAUCAAAUAAAAACGACCGAGCGGGAGCUGCAGCUCAUUGGGUUGCGCGCGCGGAAUAUUGUCGUUGCUGUCGCAAGUUCUUGCAAGGGAGCUGGGGCGACCCUCAAUAGUCAGCUGCAAAAUGAUCUCACACAGCUCACCAAUACCAUGCACGAGAUUCUGCGCUAUGUGCAGGAACUUUCAUCACGUAGCAAACUCAAGAAGGUCUUUUACAAGACACAGGAUGCGACUGCCGUAAGGUCACUCGACAAUGAGCUGGUGCAUUCCUUCCACCUCUUUACGAUACAAAGCAGCGUUAAUCUUCGUGUGAGACAAGACGAAAUGAUCGGUAUGCUUAAGAGCAUGUCUAUCCCGGAGACACAGCCUCUGCCCAUCAAAGACGUCCGCCUCGAUGUCCCUGAAGGGCUGUACAUUAUCCGCAACAGCAGAGACGGCAGUGUUGUCGAGUGCGAGCACAUCAAGUCGAGCCCGACGUUCGUUCAUGCUUAUGUUGCCCCAUGCGGCAAGAAUGUCAGUCCGUAUCAGCUUUGGACGAUAUAUUCUAGACGAGGGCUAGACUUUCGAUAUACAAUUCGGAACUUUGCAACAGGAUCGGUGCUAGAUCGCCAACUGGGAGAGGACGGGGGGAACCAGGUCGUGUGCUGGUCCUCUCGAGGAGGGGAUAGCCAGACAUGGGAGUUCAUGGGGAGUAGGCAAUCAGAGACCACAGAUUAUUUCUAUCUACGAGGCUGUAACUCGCACAUCGUCCUCGAUGCAAGGUGUCCCAGUGGAGAUGGCUGCAACUACCUUCACAUUACCGAGGAAUCUCCGAGUGGUCCAUUGAAAUGGCAAGAAUGGUGCCUUGUCCGCCUUCCGUGGUCCUCCAUCCUGCCCUUCCCCUCGCAGAACCCUUCACCACCUAUCCCUCUCACCGGCAAUGAUCUCCCUCGGCGGCAAUUUCUGCUCCAGAACGUCGCCUCAGGCUGGUACGCGACCGCAAUAGGGCUCACGGACAUGGAAGACUCGCCGAAUGUGAUCGUCUCUGCGGACGCCGCGAAAGCGACGCGGUGGUAUCUGCUGCACCAGGGCGCCGAGCCCGAGGCGCGAGCCACGGCCCCUGCAGCACGUGAAGAUCUCUUUGCGCUCGUCGCGCGGAGCGACCGACGGCUUGCGACACUCGACCACUUCUACUCGCGGCACAUCCAGGCUGUAUACCGGCGCUUCGGGCCGCAGGACCCGGCACAUGCGUGGCGCGUGCUCCCUGCGCACGCCCCCGGCGCAUUCAUCUUCGCGAACCGCGCGAGCGGCGCGCUGCUCUGCCAGACGCAGAUGACUGGCCCGCUCGCGACGGCGCCCGCGAAGGAUGCACACAACGGCGCGUGCCAGUGGCGCCUCGUCGACGCCGCAGACGGAGAGCUGUGCCGCGUUCUCUACGACUCGUCGCUCACGAUCAUCCCGCCGGACCUUGCGGGCCCACCCCAGGCUGCGAUGCCGACGCCCGCGACGGGCGUGCAGAAAUUCUUGCGGACGAAGUCCAUAUCGCAUGAUUCUCAACGGCAGUUCAUCGAGAGCCUACGAUACGAGCACGAGGUUAUACGCGACAUGCUGUUCAAAGUAGGCUACACGAGCCUUGUCGUGGCGCCGCAGCUCAUCCGGGGCUGGAGAGAUGGGAAGGUUCAUGAGGUGUCAGUCGUCGUGCGGGAUGAGGAGGACGCGCUGGGCGUGCAGAGGUUCCGCGGGAAGGGGAUGUACAAUUUUGAGAAGUGUGAGCGUCGGUGAGAGAUCUAUAUACCCCCUGUGCACUUCGUGUCAUACUGUCAUGAAUAUUACAUAGUCCGGACGGUUCUCCCGGAUUCCACAGUAUUCUUUCACUUUCUAUACACCUCCGUAUAUUCAUAGUAUAAUCUAGGUAUCGAGUCUGACAUGUAUAAAAGGAGCUCGUACUGCUCAAUAACAAGCCAGACUCGAGCUGGUCUUUACUCACC